AUGUUGAAACAGCUCUCCAUCAAUGUUUCGUUGAUAGAAGCUUUGGAGCAAAUGCCUGGGUAUACAAAGUUUAUGAAUUAUUUGGUGACGAAGAAAAGGGCCGUGAGUUUUAAAGAUGAUGAUAGGUUGCAACAUUGUAGUGCUAUUGCUACAAGGUCCUUUGUGCAGAAGAAUGAAGAUCCUGGUGCCUUUACUAUUCAGUGUACCAUCGAGUUGUUGCAUUUUGCUAGGGCGCUAUGUGAUAUGGGUGUUAGAAUUAAUCUAAUGCCAUUGUCUAUUUACAAGAAAUUGGGCUUAGGGGAUCCAAAACUGAUUGUGAUGCUAUUGCCCAUGCCAGAUAGAACUGUGAAGAGACCCAUUAGUGUGCUCCAAGAUGUAGACUUUGAGGUUCCCAUUAUCCUUAGGAGACCAUUCUUUGUCACCGCCUUGGUCGAUAUGGAGAAGGGGCCGAUGAAGUUCCAAUUGAAUAAUAAAGAGAUGUCUAUUGAAGAGAGGUUGGGUGUUGAUGCACUUGCAACGGUAAUGAUGAAUUUUGAGGGUUAUGGUAUUGAAGACUAUGAUGAAUUGGUUGCCACACUUGAUAGGUUCGAAUUCCAUUCAGAACCAAAGAGAUUGGAGUUAGACAUGAAGAAUCGCGACUCUCCACCCGCAAGACCGUCAGUCGAAGAGGCUUCAAAAUUGGAGUUUAAGGUUCUACCAUCACAUUUGUGGUAUGUAUUCUUGGGGAGGGAUGAUAAUAAUUGGGUUUGUCCUGUUCAGUGUGUGCCCAAGAAAUGUGGGAUUACUGUGGUUCCGAAUUCUAAAGAUGAACUUUUUUCGAUAAGUCCCAUGACUGGAUGGAGAGUCUGCAUGGACUACCGAAAAUUAAAUGCUUGGAUAGAAAAUGACCACUUCCAUGUGCCGUUCAUGGAUCAAAUGUUGGAUCGACUUGCUGGUAAGGUUUGGUAUUAUUUUCUUGAUGGUUAUUCGGGUUACAAUCAGAUUUCCAUAUCUCCGAAAGACCAAGAGAAGACCACCUUCACUUGCCCUUAUAGGACUUUUGCCUUCAAACAGAUGCCAUUUGUGUAA